AUGCACUACGAAGAAAUCCCCAAAACCUCCGACACGGAAUCCGUCCCUCCCUACGAGGAGUUAGACCUAGACCCGCGACCACCGCAAAACCCUAUCUCGGGGUACUCCUCCGUCCCCCAAAACGACACCAUCCCAGACGAAGAACAACCACCGCAAGACCACCACCACGCCUACCUCAGCCAGCUCGAAUGCCAGCCAUCGUCCCGUCGAGGAUGCCGCACCUUGAACCCCCUCCCACCACCCUCGACAUUCCAACCCCACACCCACUGCGAAUCAUGCGAUCGGUUUAUAGCGCGGCAGCACAAGAUGCGGUACCAGCGGUUCUGCUGCGCGAUGGUGUCGCUGACGAUUAGCAUUGCGAUGGUGUGUGGGUUGUUGUUGGGGUCUGUGAUUGCGUACUCGAAUAAGGAUGGGCGGGAGUGGAAGCAUUGA